GGUAAAAUGAAUCUUGCAGCCACCUUACUUCCCCCAAACCAAUCCAAUCCAAUCUCCGUGCGCGCGCGCUCUCUCUCUCUCUAAAACCAAAGAGUAGAGAAAAGGGCUGCAAUAUUAUGCUACAGUGAUCAAAAUUUCAAGAUCUAGAGAAAAAAAUACUUAUAGAGGUGAAUAAACCCUAGGAAGAAACCAAUCAAUCCAAAAGCUAAAUUGAAAGUGGCGCAAAACAGCAUGAAAACGCUAAUCUAUGCGUUGGUGGCGCGUGGGACGCCACCAGUGGUACUGGCUGAGUACACAGAGUUCAGCGGCAACUUCAACUCCAUAGCUUGCCAGUGCCUUCAAAAGCUUCCUUCUUCCAACAAUAAGUUCACCUACAACUGCGAUAACCACACCUUCAAUUACCUUGUUCACGAUGGCUUCACGUACUGUGUGGUUGCUGAAGAAUCAGCAGGAAGACAGGUUCCUAUGGCAUUUCUGGAGCGUAUUAAGGAUGACUUUGUAGCAAUGUAUGGUGGUGGAAAGGCUGCAACAGCUCCUGCUAAUAGCCUUAGCAAGGAAUUUGGACGAAAGUUGAAAGAACACAUGCAGUACUGCACUGAUCAUCCUGAAGAGAUAAGCAAUCUUUCAAAGGUGAAAGCACAGGUUUCAGAAGUUAAAGGUGUUAUGAUGGAAAAUAUUGAGAAGGUUCUUGAUCGUGGGGAGAAGAUAGAACUUCUCGUGGAUAAGACGGAGAAUCUUCAUCAUCAGGCACAGAACUUCAGGAACACUGGAACAACACUUCGGAGAAAAAUGUGGUUGCAAAACAUGAAGACUAAAAUCAUUGUUUUGGCCAUUGUGGUUGCCUUGAUCCUCAUCAUAGUUCUCUCUGUCUGCAAAGGGUUCAACUGUCAAAAAUGAAAUUUAUCUGGCUAUGACAACUCAAUUCGUCUCUGUUGAUCUUGUUGCUGAAGCCUCUGAUUUGAUUGACUUCCAAGAAAUCUGUUAUUACAUGUAUGUAUGAAAGUAUCUGUAAUUCUCAUAUAUUGCUGCAGGAACUCGGCCCUUCUUUUUUUUCCACCCAAUCAGAAAACAAUAAAAAUCACUAGUAGUUAUAUUACAGUCAUAAAUUUUGUUUUUGCUAACAGUUUGUUGAACACCUCCAGCAGUAUAUGCACCUUUUGCUUCCCCAGAA